CCCGCCCCUCCCCUGGGUCCCGCCACCGCGCUUUCCCGCUCCGGCAGCAGUAGCCUUCUGCGUCGCUGUCGUGUCGCUGUUGUCGUCGCCUUCGCAGCGUACCGUUGGAAACCCAAGAGCCACCAUGCCCAACAUCGUGCUCUUCAGCGGCAGCUCCCACCAGGAUCUGUCCCAGCGCGUGGCCGACCGCCUGGGCCUGGAGCUGGGCAAGGUGGUCACCAAGAAGUUUAGCAACCAGGAGACCAGUGUGGAGAUUGGUGAAAGUGUUAGAGGGGAAGAUGUCUAUAUCAUCCAGAGUGGCUGUGGAGAGAUCAAUGACAACCUUAUGGAACUGCUCAUCAUGAUCAAUGCGUGCAAGAUCGCCUCGUCCUCCAGGGUGACUGCGGUGAUCCCAUGCUUCCCAUAUGCCCGCCAAGAUAAAAAGGACAAGAGUCGUGCUCCGAUUUCUGCCAAACUUGUGGCCAACAUGCUCUCUGUGGCUGGGGCCGAUCACAUCAUCACCAUGGAUUUGCACGCCUCUCAGAUACAGGGAUUCUUUGAUAUUCCGGUGGAUAACUUGUAUGCAGAGCCCGCCGUCCUGCAGUGGAUUCGGGAGAACAUCAGUGAGUGGAAAAACUGUAUCAUUGUUUCACCGGACGCAGGAGGAGCCAAAAGGGUCACAUCCAUCGCAGACAGGCUGAAUGUGGAGUUCGCUUUGAUUCACAAAGAGAGGAAGAAGGCAAAUGAGGUGGACCGGAUGGUGCUGGUGGGCGAUGUGAAGGGCCGCGUGGCCAUCCUCGUGGACGACAUGGCCGACACGUGUGGUACCAUCUGCCAUGCUGCUGAUAAGCUGCUCUCAGCUGGAGCCACCAAAGUUUAUGCUAUCCUCACCCAUGGGAUCUUCUCUGGGCCAGCUAUUUCCAGAAUAAAUAAUGCUGCCUUUGAGGCUGUUGUUGUUACAAACACAAUUCCGCAAGAAGACAAAAUGAAGCACUGCACCAAGAUUCAGGUGAUUGACAUCUCAAUGAUCUUGGCAGAGGCCAUCCGGAGGACACACAAUGGGGAAUCUGUGUCUUACCUCUUUAGCCACGUCCCCCUGUAAAAGUGAAUGGGAAGUUACAAGUGGUUUCCUCAGGCUGCCCACUUGUUUCUCUCUGCUUUUUUAGCGCUAGGACUCAGCAAUGAUAAGAUAACGGCUGGCAAAAGCAACAGGUCUUUGUUCACUCUGACAUUCAUUGUUUCCUCUCUUAAACCUCAAGACUCUUUCUAGUCUAUUGGGGGAUGGUGGUGGUUAUUUGGUUUUUAAUGAAAUGUCUUAAAUGUUCUUACCAUCCUGACUUUUUCUGAUUGGUGAUCUUUUCUUCAUUCUUUUAGUACAUCUCUGUGGUGACAACAUUCUAAUAUCAAAUCCCACUGCAGAAAUUUAUACUUUAUAUAUUUCGAGGUUACAAAGGUAACUUCAGACUAAGCAUUCUGUGUAAAUAUAUAAUCAUAAUGCCUGUGGACAUUUGGGUAAAAACCCUGUAGAGCCCUAAGAUUACUUUGAGUGAAUCUUAGAAGAAUUAUGAUAUGUGGAAUUUUGAAUUUUUCUUUUUUCUUCUUUUUCUUAAUGAUAACUUGGUUUCUUUCUUUUUUUUUGGGGGGGGGUCUUU